AUGGGUGGCAAAUGCAAGAAGCCCAAGGUCUCGCUGUCACAAAUUCCAUGGAGCGAGAAUAACAACUCGAGAGUGUGGAAACUCAUCACAGAACUCGGUCAAAGAGCGAAUUACGAGAUGUUGUUUGGAAAGAAGGACAAACACGAGAAAAUCUUGGGCGAGACGAAGGCCACUGUAUACAAGCGGAUUGGGGCGGCUGUUUUGCCAGAAUUCCAUGAGAUCAGUCCUAAAGCAACCGGAGACCGUGUGAAAGGCAAACUUGACCUCACGAAAAAAUAUAUAAAACAUGCUGCAAAGCGUCGGAUAACGGGCAAAGGUCUCCAUGAGAGCCAGGACAGUGCCGAUGGUGAUCCAUCUGACAAGAUGUGCCGAUUCUACAUCGGUGCGAAUGGCCCUGAUGUUACUACCUCCGAGGAAGCGAACCGUUUAUGGGAGGAAAUCCAAACCGAUUUUCCGUUUUUCGCAGAGCUUCACCGGAUUUUUGCAGCUCAGCCGAAUGUCGCCCCAAUUGUGGUUACGACUGGAGUUGGCUCGCAUGCCAACAAGACCAUCCAUAUGCAGCCUCCGGGUGAUGACAAGGACAACAUCAUUUUCACAGCUUCACAAGUCAGCCAGAUCCGAACUCUCCAAGAUGCGCUGAAUCUCAACCUUGUGGGCACUGCUCCCCUUGCAGCCCCACCCUUUGUCGAGUUUGUGGACGAAAAAGAAAACAAUUCGUCCAUUCAUCCUGUGACGUCUUCUCCGACUCCAAUUAGGAAGAUAGCUCCGAUGCCAUCGUUACUGUCUCACGAUAACAUUCAUAAAAUCACACCGAAGCACUCAAUCGAGGAUACACUCUUUGACAUGCAGAGGUAUAUGAUUGUAUGUUCAAAGUUAUUGUAUCUCAUGACACGUAAUAGGAGAGAACUCGAUACAAUGCACGCCCGGCAUCGUGAAGAGCGAUUUCACAGGAAGAGGAACUGCUUGCUCGAAGAGUUCAUGGAUGGUAUCUGGGAUGCAGCUGAGUAUCACCAGCGACUUGACAAGAUGGAUGAUUCAAAGGGGCCUAGCAAGCGCCCUCGCCACGAGUCUCCUGAAUGGGACUCAACUUCUUUCUCUGUCGACUAG